UGGUUGGUUGGAGGACCGAUUGAGGUCCGCGCCCUGCGGGACACGGACCGGAAGGCUCGCUCCGCUCUUGGCAGAGGAAGCCGGUGUUGUUGACACUUCGACAGGCGACAAUGGCGACCGAAGUGAGGCAGGAGCUUGCACAGCUGAUGAAUUCAAGUGGCUCUCAUAAAGAUCUAGCUGCCAAAUAUCGACAAAUUUUGGACAAGGCCAUUCAGUAUACAGAUGCAGAUCAACUGGAAUCCUUGAAGGCCUUUGUUGAAGCAAUGGUCAAUGAAAAUGUCAGUCUUGUCAUCUCGAGACAACUGCUCACUGACUUCUGCACACAUCUGCCCAACCUGCCUGACGCCACCGCUAAAGCCGUGUAUCACUUUACCUUGGAAAAGAUUCAGCCGCGGGUCAUCUCCUUUGAGGAACAAGUAGCCUCAAUCAGACAGCACUUAGCAACCAUUUAUGAAAAGGAGGGAGACUGGAGAAAUGCUGCCCAAGUCUUGGUUGGUAUUCCCCUGGAAACAGGACAGAAGCAAUACAAUGUUGACUAUAAGUUGGAUACAUACCUGAAAAUUGCCCGUCUCUACCUAGAGGAUGAUGAUCCAGUGCAGGCGGAGGCCUACAUCAACAGAGCCUCCUUGCUUCAGAAUGAGUCCUCUAAUGAACAGCUGCAGAUACACUAUAAGGUGUGUUAUGCCAAAGUCUUAGACUUCAGGAGGAAGUUCAUUGAAGCUGCACAAAGAUACAACGAGUUGUCUUAUAAGUCAAUUGUCCAUGAGACUGAACGUCUGGAGGCACUGAAACAUGCCCUGAACUGUACCAUACUGGCCUCUGCAGGCCAGCAGCGCUCCCGUAUGUUGGCCACUCUCUUUAAGGAUGAGCGUUGUCAGCAGCUGGCUACCUAUGGUAUUCUGGAGAAGAUGUACCUGGACCGUAUUAUCAGAGGAAACCAGCUGCAGGAGUUUGCUGCCAUGUUGAUGCCCCAUCAGAAAGCCACCACAGCGGAUGGCUCCAGCAUCCUUGACAGAGCUGUGAUUGAACACAACCUCCUGUCUGCUAGCAAACUCUACAACAACAUCACUUUUGAAGAACUAGGAGCACUGUUGGAAAUCCCCCCUGCAAAGGCUGAGAAAAUUGCUUCCCAGAUGAUCACUGAAGGUCGCAUGAAUGGCUUCAUCGACCAGAUAGAUGGCAUUGUACACUUUGAGACCCGUGAACCCCUUCCUACCUGGGACAAACAGAUCCAGUCUCUGUGUUUCCAAGUCAACAACCUCUUAGAAAAGAUCCGUCAGGCUGCUCCAGAGUGGGCUGCGCAGGCUAUGGAAACCCAGAUGACCCAGUAAACAUCCUGACCCCUCCCAAAAAAAAUCCCUAAAAUGCUCCCUCUGCCUGUCCUAAAGUGUUGUCUUCCUUGUCAAAAACAUCACCACUUCAGUCCCAGUAAUGGAAACGCCCAAGGAGAAGCCUCUGGUAUCACCAUCACUUUGAAUUUUCAGAGAACACUGUUUUAUUACUUUUGCCCACAGGGGAAAUUGUUAAAUGUUUUUCAAUAUUUCAGAUCUGUGUUUGGCAUAGAUGUAAUCACAGGAGGGGUGUAAUGUAACAUUUAGGUGUGACUUCAUAUUAUGUACUUGGCAUGUUAAAAAUUUGGAUAUUAUUAUUAUUAUUAUUAUUCAGAUAGUUGACAUGUAAUAGGGUCAAAAAGAAGUGAAAGAUGCGAACAACUGGUCUAUUUAAGCUUUUGUGUUCCAACACAUUCUUCUGUUUUUAACUUAACAUAUUUACGCAGCAAUAUCUGUCAAGUGGUUCUUGAUUUAUGGCGUCAUGUAAAACUUCUCAGUCCACAUUUAUGAAAUUUCAGCAAAGAAUUAAAUUCAAAGCUGAGAGAAAUUGUUUAGCAUCAUCUUUUAUUUUCUGCUUCAGUAACAAUUCAUUGAAAUGUUAUACAAGUUCAAUUAUCAUUGAUAGGACAAAGUGAUGAAAUGCACUUUGUCAGUUUGUUUUCCAGCAGCUUUCUCAGCAGCUUUCUCAGCAAGGUCCUCUUUUAGCUAGCAGGAUGUUGGUUCUGGUUGUCCUGUGAGAAAAGAAUUGUGCUUUUCUUUAGAGUAGGUCAGAGCAUUGGAUGAUACAGACAGAAAAUGUUAAUAAGUUAAAGUAAUCGGAGAGCUUUGGUAAAACUACGUUUUGCAUUUGUAAGUUUUGUAAUUGAGAUCGAGCAUUUAUGUUAGUGUGUCUACCUGUUAGUCUCACACAGCGCACGCUCAUUGGCGUGAUCCACACACAGGUUCAAAGAUGAGUGGGCACAGUCUGUUUCUGUAAAAUCCAUGCUGAAGAGAUGCAUGUUGAAAAUGUGUAAAUGUGCAAAUAAUACACAACUUUCCUGUGAAAUUCAA